UCACUGACAAUUCAUCUACACUUUUUGUCUCUCUCUCACACACACAUAGUGUCACUGUUCCACCUUCACUUUCUCAUUCCUUUGAUCUAUAAAGCAUCAAAAACUCUCCCACUCCCAACACAAACAACACCAACUACUCCCUCUCCCCACUUCCUUUCCAUUUUCACUGUUAAAAAUGGAGCAAGUACAGCCAAUGUACAGGCCAAGACCACCAGAAACACCAAAAGAACCCAUGGAAUUUCUUUCACGUUCUUGGAGUUUAUCUGCUUUUGAAGUGUCUAAAGCUUUAACUCCUUCACAAGUUGUUUUACCGAAAUCUGUUUUUAUUACCGGUGCUCCUAGUGGUAGUGGUAGUUGUAAUGGUAGUGGCACUAUACACGAAGAGGAAGAAGAAGAUGUUGUUGGUGUUGAGUUAGAUGAAUCUUCUGCUGCCAUUGUUUCUGGAAACCCUUUUUCAUUUGCUUCUUCAGAAACUUCUCAACUUAUUAUGGAACGCAUUAUGUCUGUUUCUCAGGAUGUUUCACCACGCACAUCUGGGCGCCUAUCACACAGUAGUGGACCUUUAAAUGGUGGCUCUCUUACAGACAGUCCUCCAGUUUCUCCUUCUGAAAUGGAUGAUUCUAAGUACAGUCGUCUGAACAACGUACCAGUUAAUAAUCAGUACAGGAGCAGUGCUGCUGCUACUAGCUCGGCUGUUACUGGUGGGGGUGGUGGAGGCGGGAAAACGGUGGGUAGGUGGUUGAAGGAUAGGAGGGAGAAGAAGAAAGAGGAGAUGAGGGCACAUAAUGCACAGCUUCAUGCUGCUGUGUCGGUUGCAGGAGUUGCUGCUGCAGUUGCUGCUAUUGCUGCAGCCACUGCAGCCUCAUCUGGUAGCGGAAAGGACGAGCAGAUGGCAAAAACUGAUAUGGCUGUGGCUUCUGCUGCAACCUUGGUAGCAGCACAGUGUGUUGAAGCUGCUGAGGCUAUGGGAGCUGAACGCGAGCACCUUGCAUCGGUUGUUAGUUCUGCUGUGAAUGUCCGAUCAGCAGGGGAUAUUAUGACAUUAACUGCAGCUGCAGCUACUGCUCUCCGUGGUGCGGCUACAUUAAAGGCUAGAACAUUGAAGGAAGUAUGGAACAUAGCAGCUGUAAUUCCUGUUGAUAAAGGGAUGGGAAGUGGCAAUGGUGGUGGUAGCAAUGGUAGUUCUAGCGGUGAGCUAAUUCCCGAAGAGAAUUUUCUUGGAAUUUGCAGUAGAGAAUUGCUUGCAAGAGGUGGUGAGCUCCUAAAGCGUACUCGCAAAGGUGACCUUCACUGGAAGAUAGUGUCUGUGUAUAUUAAUAGGACUGGUCAGGUGAUGCUGAAAAUGAAGAGUAGGCAUGUUGCUGGGACCAUCACAAAAAAGAAAAAGAAUGUGGUGCUUGAAGUCAUGAAGGAUAUUCCGGCCUGGCCGGGGCGCCACUUGCUUCCGGGCAGUGACAACUUCCGGUACUUCGCGUUGAAGACUGUUCUACGAGGGGUCGUUGAGUUCGAAUGCAGAGAUCAGAGGGAGUAUGAUCUAUGGACUCAAGGUGUUUCAAGGUUGCUAAGUAUUGCUGCAGAAAAAAAUAGUAGACAUAGACUUUGAUGGUAUAUUUUUUUUAGUACAAUGGGGUGGUAGAAACUUGCAUAAUGAGUAAAGUUUGAUGUAGGGGAUUAUGUCUUUGCCCCUUUUGAUGGUAUUUUUGACUAACCAAGUGGCUAUGAUAUUGGUGGGGUGUUCUUUGGAUUUUUUUACUUGUGGAAGUAUUUCUAUUGUAAAAAAUGAAAUUAAAGUACUAUAAGCUAUAUCCAAAUGGGUCCUACUUAUGUCA